AUGGAAAAAAUUGAAUUGAAUAAUGACGAAUCAAUAAAUACAACAUGUAAUUUAAAUGGUGAUCCUAAGAUAGGUUGGUUACGUAAUAAAAAUGGUUUACUUUUAAAAACAUAUAGAUGGACGGUUAAAAAUGCUAUAGGAAAUAUAUUGUUAAUACAUGGAUUCGAAGCACAUACUCGAGCAAAUUUUAUGAGAAAAAAAUUAAAAAUGCCAAAUAACAAUAAAGGCUUAGUAGUAGGCAAUAAUAAUUACUAUAUUUAUAAAGAUAGUUGGAUUGAAAAAUUUAAUCAAACUGGUUAUUCAGUAUUUGGAAUAGAUUUGCAAGGACAUGGGGGAUCACAACCGUUGGGGAAAUUAAGAGGCACUUUUAAUUGUUUUGAUGAUAUAGUUGAUGAUGUAAUACAAUAUAUGAAUCAAAUUCACGACGAAACCUCAAAUGAUAGUCAAAAGGAUGAUGAAUCCCAUAAUAUAGUAACAACUAAAAAAAAAAAACUUCCUAUGUAUAUUAUUGGUUAUUCGAUGGGAGCAAAUAUUGCUUUAAGGAUAUUACAAUUAUUAAAGAAAGAAAAAGAAGAUAGAAUUAAGCCGCGUAGUUCAAAUAACUAUAAAAAUAGUAGCACCAUGUUAAACAAUUCUACUAAUAUUAAUGAAAUUGACAAUGAUAUGAAUAAUUCUAAUAAUUAUGGUUCCGAUAAUUCCCGUGCUAAUAUCUCUGCUACGACAAAUUCCAUUUCUAAUGGUAAUCAUGAAGGACACUAUAAUUAUUUAGAUAAAUUCAAUAUUAAAGGCUGCGUAUCUAUAUCUGGUAUGGUGAGAGUAAAGUCAAUAUUGGAUUCGGAGAACAAAUCAUUUUGGCAAUAUUUUCUUCCUAUAUUCAUCUUCAUGUCUUAUGUCUUACCCCAUAUAGAAAUUUCGUCAGAAUCACGUUAUAAAAAGUCAGGGUUUUUUGGUAAUAUAUGUAAACAUUAUAUAUUUCCAAAUAUUAGUGGAACAAAAUUUAAAUGGAGGUCUGAAUGUGUAAAAGCAACGAUCAAAUUGGAUUGUGAUGUUAAUUAUAUUCCAAAAGAUAUUCCUUUAUUAUUUGUGCAUUCAAAAGAUGAUAGUAUAUGCUCUUAUGUAGGAAUGAUCUUGUUUUAUAAUAAAUUAAAUGUUAAUGAUAAAGAAUUACAUACUGUUGAUGGUAUGAAUCAUGGUACAACGAUUAAGCCAGGAAAUGAAGACAUUUUAAAAAAAAUUAUUGAUUGGAUUUGUAAUUUAAGAAAGAAUGGUGAAGACAAAAUAGAAAAUGGAUAA